UUACUUUCAGCCAUGGCUUCUUUCCCGGUGAUGUUUCUCAUUACUCUGCCGUUGCCCUCUAUGCUCACUGAAGGAAAGGUUCUGACUCUGACUCAGAAAGAUCCCAUUAUAUCUGCUGAUCACAACACAAACAUCAAGACUGGCUUGGACAAGAGUGGAUGCGAAGGUGAAGGAAGUAUCGUUCAUGCCUUGGAGAGGAUAUUCCUUUCUUCCCAUCAAGACCAAAUAUUGUUUGAAGACCAGGCCAAUGCUGAUCACUACAUGUUAGACCUGGCUACAGUCUUGACUACCCUGAGAAAAUGUUGUACUCAGAACCAUCAAGCGGAGCCAGUAAACUUCAGUAGCAUGGCCAGUGGGUUUCAAGUGACCAGAGCUAGUCACCAACAAGACUAUUUCCCAUUCUAUUCUUUGAAGGAAUUCUUGAACUUAGUGAUGUGUGAGUUGCUUUCCCAUUAA